CCCUGUCAACCUUCGUCAACAGUCUUUUUCUUCCUAUUUUAUGGUCCUUAAAGACCCUCUUGCCUUCGUACCGAUGUUUCUCAUAUCCCGGUAACCUACACCUUCACGUCGCGGGCGGUGAAGUACCACCAUUUUGUCCGGGACGGUACUACUCCUUGUAUUUUUUUUUCUUACCAAUAUCAUCUACAAACAUGGUUCUCGUCAGUGAUAAGAAAUAUGCGUGUGAAACGUGCAUAAAGGGGCAUCGCUCAUCCGCAUGUAAACACACGGAUCGCCCCCUUUUCGAAAUUAAGAAAAAAGGUCGUCCAGUCACUCAGUGUGAGCACUGUAGAGAACUACGAAAAACAAAACAAGUACACGUCAAAUGUUCAUGCGGAUCUCAAGAUCAAGGCGCCACUGGCGCCCACGAGGCGUCCCACAGCAAGAAGGGGACGCCGAAGUUACCGGCUACUGCUGCGUUUCCUCAUGGCCUUCCGGAGGCCCUUGAAACGCUAGCUACAUUGCUGCCGGCAUCGGACGACUCAGACCAUAGCGGUGAAACUUCUCCAACUGGCUGUAGAUGUAGCUCCGGUGGCCCCUGCAAUUGCUGUAUCCCUCGCAAGCCCGCGACACGCCGUCGCUUCUCUGGUGCAGAGCCUCCUAAACGAGACAAGCUUCAUUCAGACUCCUCAAAGCACCACGAAUCCCUAUCUCCUCCUCUUUCAUCUCACGUUCUAGCGCGCAUUGCUGAGCUCCGUCCAGUACUUCCAAAACCGGCUCACAGGCAACACCCUCUCGAUGGCUCCUUACAUAAUCCAUCUUCGAGUGUCCCUCACGGUCAUAACAUCCGCCAUCAUAACUAUGACUUCAGCCCUUACGGUCGCGCUUACGGGUACACUCAUUCAGAUCACAUUCAUGAUCAAAAGGGGUCGUCAUUGACCAGUGAUCCCCGCACGUUCGCUGGACGCUCUGUCCAAUCCCCACAGCAAACACUAGGAAGUCAGCCUGUACCAGAUGCCUGGUCGCCUGCUGAGGUCUUCCCCUCUGUCUGUGCCUGUGGUGACUCAUGCAUGUGUCCUGGAUGUACCUUGCAUAACAAUCCACCUAUCACCGGUGGUGCUACCUUUGCCUCCUGCAGCAAUCCAUCCUCCUGCGCCUUUUGUCUCGAUUGUACCAUACUGUCCAUACCAGCAAGCAAUCCGCCUCCUAACAUCGACUCGUCCUCUGAUCCAUCACAAUCACAAGAAUUUGAUGAAUGGCUCAGACAGGUCGCACUUAGCCCGGGCGUCUCAAAUUCGCAAUCGAACUUCAACCCAUAUGAACUGACUACGCCUCAAACACAAUCCUAUCAAAGCGGAAGACCACGGAUACCCGAAACUCCGUCUCCGCCGGUGGGGUGCUGCGGUGGGCGGUGUAAAUGUUCUCGUAAUUGUGCUUGCCUUCCAGACUGCUGUGGGUGCUGUCAAGGUUGUCAGUGUGAUAAUCACUGUAAUGAUGCGCGGUCCCGAACGACGUUCGCGGUAUCCGGUGAACGGGGUUCAUGUUGCAGAAAGGCUGAUCCAAAUACGAACGCUCUUUCAGCUGGGAGGCGCCUUCCUGAGUUCAUGGCUAUGACGAAUAUCCGUGACCAGUUGUCUGCCUCCGGGGUGGGCGCUGGCAGUCAAGGGUACUAUGGUCAGCAGGGAGCAUUUGUGGAUUACUCCGAGGCUCCGAGUCGGUCGUCCUCUGGUUCAUCCUUGGCAAGUCGUGCGCCAACGAGACCUCCAUCCGGCCUGGGCUCUAGGCUGCUGGGGCAGAGUGGCCCUUCUAGUAGUACUAGAUCGCCGCCGGCACACGUCGUACCGUCCGGGAGUACCCGUGGUUUUGCUACCUAUGCAGAGUCCGAAAGGGCUCGUGGGGCUGCGCCGUACUCGAGCUAUAACCCGUCGCUGGAUGCAAUGCGCUUCGACUAGGGAGGUCUGCCACCGAGUGGAUUUGAUGUUAUUGUCCUCCUUUCAUUUUUACGUUGUACUUUUCAACUUCUUGUGGCUCACUGGUUUACUGAUGGACAUGCAGUGGCCGCGAUUGCCCCUUAUCUAUAUUUUCUUCCCGCUAUGUUUUUUGCCUUUUCUCGACACUACGUCUCGCUCAAUGGACACGAUAGAGAUCAUCUAAAACGUCUACUGAGCUUUUUUUUCAUUACCAUACAUAAAUUUCCAUGUACGUUGCUACAAAUUUUACAAUUCUCCAUCAUUAGCCG